UGAGGAAGGGACAUCUUGCUUACUACUCUGCAUGUGAUUACUGAUUGGCCAAUCAGUGAUCACAUGAUCGCGACCUUGCACAGAGGUCCUGUACGACGAUUGGUGUUUCAGUGUGUCUGGAGGACACAGCGGGCAUCGGAUCGCGGUGUUGAGCACUCCCAGGGAGCACACACAGUCCAAAAUGGCGGAUGUACAACUGCAGAUCAAGCACCCAUGAGCUCUAUUAAUACAAUACUCAUGGGUAGCAGCACUGUUUUUUUUUUUUUUUUUUUUUUGCACUUACUGGAUGAAAAA